UUCAGGCGUUACGGUUCCUGAAUCACGACCCCGACGACGAAGGCAAAGGUAAAAGAAUGAAAGAAAGAACACAUGUCCGACAACGAUGCCACGCCGUUGGCCAUGUCAUGACCUCCGGUACAGCUUGAGACUUGACUUCAACUUGAGGCAAAUUCUCAGGGGUACAAGGGCUCGCGAGGGCUGAAAGGAUGGAUGGUUGAAAGUUUGAAAGGCUGAAGGCUGAAGGCUGAAGGCUAAAGGCUGAAAGGCUGAAAGCAGACUGCGUUCAGAGGGGAGCAGAAAGAGGGGAAAGAGGAGCGCGGCAGCUCUGCUAAAAAGAGGGGAAGGAAGGCCAGAGAAAGUAGGAGGUGUGCAUCGUUUAUCCCUCUUUGACGGGGUGGGCGUCCGACGGCUGCUGCGUACGCCCCUGUCUAACGAACCUCUGCUCGUCGCCGGCAAUCGCGAUCCAAGCGCGACCAAUCAGAGCGCUCGUUCGUUGGUCUCGCGGACAGCGACGUUGCCACCUUGUGUACCGCCCCACGGCGAAAGUAGUCGUCUCGUAGCGGUAUUCGUAGCCCUGUUUUCGCGAGGGACGGCCGACCAACACACGUUGUCGUGGACGCGGAAUACGUGCACGUGUUGAAUCACGUUGGAAAUUCGAUCGCGUGCGUUUCAGGUGUUCUAAGAUAAGAGACGGUCCCCACGGUUUAUCGAGAUCAAGAGAAGCUUUCGAUUCGUUACGAAGAAGGAAGCUUUGCCACGCCGGAACGGGGAUAUCGGCUCGACCGCAUCCACGGUCGAUGCUUUUGGCGGCAACUUCGAACGUAGCGUCGACUCGGGCUCGUUCGUUCUGUCGUACCAUCGUCCGCAUCGUCGUUCGGUUUCGUUUCGUAUGACGGCAACGCCAAGAAAAUGGAAAACAUCGAGCAAAAAAGGAAAAUUGUGAAUCGCUGAUCAAUUGGUUGGAUCGUUCGGGGUGAUUCAGGGUGACGGGUAGUACGCUCGCGCGCAUCCACUCGGUGUAUAGUAUAUGUAUGUACAUAGUGUAAGUGUGGCCACGUACGUUUGCCUCCGUGUGUGCGCGUGUGUGCUUGUGUGCAGCUCUCGAAUAUGUAGAUCCGUGAAACACGCAUCUAACGACGAUAACCGGUGGUAAAACGAACCUUGUGCUGUUCAAGGGAUGAAUCCGCUAUAAUAGACUGUCCGUGAUUCCUAAUCGAGACGCGACAGGAAUCAGGAACAAUCGAGUCGACGACGGCUCCCUGUGUUGUGUAAUAUGGCCGCCUCGAGACUGUCUCGAGCCCGAGCCCGAGUGAUCCGAUCAACCGUGUAGCAGAGGUGGCGAAAUAUUCGCUCGACCGAAGGGUAGAAGGCAGUGGCGGGAGGCAGUGUGGACGUCUCCGCGGAGAAACACGUGCUAGUUCGCGAGUUAGGUGGAGUCCCAUGCGCAAAGUGGGUGGAGGCUGCAUCGUGAGGCUGGCUUCCCCGUUAUCGCAGAUCAAACGCUCGUGGAGCGAGCGUUUUCAUGUACCACGGACUAAGUAGACGGCUCGGUUUCGUUCAACGAAGGAUGAAUUCCUAGCAGAAGAGUGUUUUACACGUAAAAUUAACGUUGACGUUCGGGUUGUUGGUUUGGUUCAAGGAAAUACACGUUCGAUAUAUUCAACAUGAAACGGAGCGUGGAUGGGAGGAACAUCUCUCAGGAGGAGAUCGAAGACCAUGAUCCCCUACAGGUGCAACAGCAAGACGAGGCUGAACAACAGCAACAGCAAAUGGAACAGCAAACUGCCCAACCUCAGAUUCGUUUUUUAAGCGCAAACGUUCUGCAGCAAUUGCAACAACAACAAGAUGUUCAGCAACAAGCGCAACAGCAACCACAAGUCAUUACGUUGCAGCAGCUGCAAAAUUUCGUGCCUUUACAAGCUCAGCAGCCUCAGCAUGACCAACAGAGAGCCCAAACCAUUUCUGUGCAGUCGUUGCCGCAACAAUUCUUGCAAGGUGCUCAGUUAAUUAGUACUCAGGCUCAAGCUGCGCUGCAACAGCAACAGCAACAAACGCAGCAACAGCAGGCCCAGCAACAACCGCAGCAACAGCCGCAACAGCAACUUAGUUACAGCGUAAUACCACAGAUGCAAACGGUUAAUAUCGACGGCCAGGAGGCACUCUUCAUACCAUCGUCUGCUAUGUCGGCGACAGGAGGGCACCAUCAAACUCAGCCAACUAUGCAAUUUGCUACAGCUAAUGGUCAACAGGUUCAACUCGCUAGUCAGCAAGUACAACUGGCGAACGGUCAGACUAUUAUUACUCCCCAACCUGUCAGUUUGAUAAGAGCACCCAACGUCUUUCCUACUUCCAUCAUACAAAAUAUCACCGGGCAGACUGUACAGCUGCCGACAGGGCAAAGCGUACAAGUUAGGCCCCUCCAAUUUCCUAUGCAACACGUUCAGCAGACUGUGCCUGUACAAGUGCCGGUCACUGCUAGCAAUGGACAAACUGUCUAUCAAACAGUGCAUUUUCCUGUUCAAGCAUUGUCUAGCGUUUUUAAUGUGCCUACAACACAAAUGAUACCACAAAUUACUCAGCAAAUACCGCAAGUGGCGCAAAUAAUCACGCCAAAUGGACAAAUUCAACAAGUUCAAAUUGCCAAUUUGCCGCAACUUCAAAGUUUACAGAGUCAACAAGUAACUCAGGUGGCUCAACAGGUUGCGCAACAACAAGCACAGCAGCAGGUGGUACAACAACAAACCCAACCACAGGUAUUGCAAUCUGUACAACAGCAACAACAGCAACAAGCUGCGCAAGCCCAAGUACAACAGCAACAGCAGCAACAGCAACAAGUGCAACAGGUUGUGCAACAAGUAAUACAGCAACAGCAACAACAACAGCAAGUUCAACAAGCACAGCAACAAUCGUCUGCUCCAUCCUCCACCGUAGCAACUUGGAGUACAACCGUAACAACUCCGAGCAAUGUACAGGUACUUGGAAUUGGUGCGCUUGGAAGACCGGUUGCAGCGGGCGGUAAUGUAAUCACGACGAAGGAUGGUCAAAAAAUUGACGUGCAAACGUUGUCAGCUCUGACAAGACCACCAGAAUCUGUCGAAGGUGAUAUAAAAGUAACCAGUAUCGAUGCCAGGCAAUUAGCUAGUGGUCAAGUUAUACAUAUUCCUGCUGCUCAAUCAGCACAGCCCACUGUACAACCUAUUACGAUUACAGGAACUCAAGCUCAACAAUUAACUUUAAUCCCUGCCUCUGCAUUAGCAAAUUUGACUGCCCAACAAGGCAAUAUGAUGAGAAGCGUUGGUAGCGGCAGUAUAAUGCAGCUACAACCCGCUGCUGGCAUGAAUGCGACCAAUGGUUUUCUUCAAUCGAUACCCGUGCAAAAUAUCCCAGGUUUGGGUAAUGUGCAAGUUAUACCUGCAAGUGCACUUCAACCUGCAACAGUGCAAGCUUUACCCGCGACUGCAGCUGCGCCUAUCGUGGCUGCUCCAACGGUACAAUUAGACUCAAACGAUCCAACAAAAUGGCAGAUCCUUCAAACUCUUCAAUCAAACAACACAUUAACGACGCCUACGCCUACUUCGCAUCAACAUCAAGUGACCACCGCAGCAUCCACGAACGUGGAAAGUGAUUCCAAUAAGCAACAUAGAAGAAGAAUCGCUUGCACGUGUCCCAAUUGCGGCGAUGGUGAUAGAAACAGAGACAUGACCAGAAAACGACAACACGUUUGCCACAUAGCCGGAUGUAACAAAGUCUACGGAAAGACCAGCCACUUGCGAGCUCAUUUGAGGUGGCACACAGGUGAACGACCAUUCGUUUGUAGUUGGAUAUUCUGUGGUAAAAAAUUUACUAGAUCGGACGAGCUUCAAAGGCAUCGUAGAACUCACACUGGCGAGAAAAGAUUUCAAUGUCCCGAAUGUACGAAAAAAUUCAUGCGGUCGGACCAUUUAACAAAACACAUAAAAACGCACACGAAGAUUCGAAGUACGGAAGCAGCUACUUCAACGCAGGAAGGCUCGUCGGACAGUCAAUCUUCCACUGAAGAGAAAAUCAUUAUUGCUCUUCAUAAAGAAGAACAAUCUGAUAUAGUUAUUUCAGAGCCAAUGGACGACAUUAAAGCUCAACCAACGAAUCAUGUAACGAACGAGUAAAAUCGGAUUACUUGUGCAGUGUGAAGAUUCCACUGCCUUUGAGAUUUUAGAUGAAUAUGUUAAUUGGAUGAUGGUUGGUUGGUUGGUUGGU